AUGGAUGCGGCCCCAAACUGUGCCAUCUGCAAUGGACCGGCGUAUCCCGAAUGUUCCUGCGAGUCGGAACGUCUUCAGAUAGCCGUCAAGCAAGCCGAGCAUCGUGCCAUGGAGGCGAAGCUUGCUGAAAUACGAGACUGGGUCAUAGCACAUGCGCGGCAACACAUCCUCAACGCCUUUGAACGCCUGACGUCGACGCGCAAGCAGGCGCAUUCCGCCUACCUAGCCUCCCUCCCCAACUACUCCAUAUACAUGCAGUACUCUGGCCAUCCGCCAAUCCAUCCCGGCUACAUUGCUCAGCUCCAGAGCCAGAUCGCAGAGGCACAUGCCGAGCUUAAGCGGGGUAUCGACGCAGACUGGCGCGCCUCAGUUCUCCGCUACCCCGAGGUCCUAGACUACUUCUACAGUCUUAUAGAACUGAAAAUACCGAGUGAUCGCUCUCCCAGGGUCGUGGAGCCGCCGUUCGCUGCUGCGGGGUAUGCGGAUCGGGGAUAUGAUCACUCGAGGAUCGGGAAGGAGUCGAAGAAGAAGAAGAGGAGGGACAGAGAGGCUUCAGUGGGCUAUAAGGACGAGCAGAUGAUUGCCGUGGCGGGAAGAUCUAUGAGAGGACCCCCAGCGGCGCCGACGCCGCCGAUUCUCCCGGGAGGGUAUCCGAGGCCCCCUGGCAUGUACCCGCCUUAUUGA